AUCGCGUUGGAGGAUGGCUUUAUGAUUGUUCCUGUUGUUUCUGCAGGUACAAAGAGAGGCGACAGAUGGGAUUGAAAUUUGAUUUGUACAUUCCUGUGAUGCGAACGUCCGACCGAUGACGGUUCCCAGGGAUACAAUACUGGGAUCUGCACAACGAAUCAAGCCACAACCGUCAGCCUGCCCAGACCUAGGCAGGCGCAUUUGGCAGCCAACGACGACACCGACCCUGUCUGAGCCAUCGGUAUACGCCUCCAAUACUGGUCAGUCGCACCACCAUGUCAACGAUACUAUGGCCCCCUCUGCCAGGUGUCUCAGCCGCUUCUCUCGCGCAACAGGCAGACGAAACGCGACAACGUGAGCUUGCAUGGCUGCUCGAAGCUCUCCAGGAAACUCUGUCGAGCUUGAAAUCCGGACUUGAGGAGUGUAGCUCUCUACUAGCACCACAAGAACAAGGCAGCACCCUGGUCGUUUCUUCACACCGUAGCGAGGCCAUCAAAGGCUUCAUUACGCGCAAUGGCUCAAACAUCACCAAAGGCGACGUCCAACUGCGCCUCGCUUCGCUACCACCUCCACGUGGUCAGACGAGCUGCAAGCUCUCCAUCUCAACUUCACCCUCUGCGCCUGCUCUUCAGCUGAAGCAGAUUGCAGAAGUCAGGACUUUGAUCAAUUCGAGCUUGGAUGUAGUGGAUGCGACGACAUGGACAGGAGACAAAGGGGACGCGAAUUUCAUCUCAGGUCAAUUGAACCUGCUGCAUGAGAAUAUUCGCGACGCGAAAGCAGUCCUCAAAGGAUCUCCAGCUGGCUCCGAGGCCGACAAAACUUGGGCCUCCGAACCCCUGGAUGAGAAGAUCUUCGAUCCUCCACCUCCCUCGAACCUCUCCUUCCACCUCAGUAUCUCCGACGCAGCGCUACUGCUCCAUAUUCGCACUCUUGAACCUGCAUCUCACACCGGCUCCUCGACACCUCUCACAGGCGGUCCUUCAUUUACUGGUUUCGGUUUCCGCGACAGACUCGCACAUGCACUAGGUGCUGGUCCUCGAGCACCAGCCCACGACGAAGCCGAAGAAGUCUUUACUUACCGUAACACCGAGGUCAGAGUGAAAGAGAAGGUAAGAGUGGAAAGUCAGGAUCCGAGCCUGAUCAGCGCAAUGGCCAAACUGGUUGCGCUUGAGCAUACUGUAGAGUUGGGAAGAAGAGCACUAGAUGUCGUUAUGGGCAAAGAGCAUGAAGGAGAUAAUGAUGAUGAGUAGGACUCAUUGUCUGGAGUUGUUUGCAUUUUGCUUUUCCUCAAGAUACCCCCUUUAGCAAUACUAAGCGUGACAUCA